AUGGAGCACCUUUUGCUGGAGGUAGCGGCGGCGCCUCUGCGUUUAAUCGCGGCCAAGAACGAAAAGAGCCGCGGCGAGCUAGGCAGGUUCUUAACCAAGCAGGUGUGGACACCUCAAGAUCGCCAGUGUAUCCUGAGUACUUUAGCACAGUUGCUUCUGGAUAAGGACUGUACUGUACUGAUUGGUCACCAGCUGCGCCCUCUCCUUUUGGAUUUGCUGGAAAGGAAUGCCGAAGCCAUUAAAGCUGGAGGCCAAAUCAACCAUGAUCUACAUGAACGGCUUUGUGUAUCAAUGAGCAAACUCAUUGGUAACCAUCCUGACGUGCUCCCUUUUGCCCUGAGGUAUUUCAAAGACACUUUCCCAGUCUUUCAAAGACUCUUCCUUGAGAGUUCAGAUGCAAAUCCAGUCCGAUAUGGGCGCAGGCGGAUGAAGCUCCGGGACCUAAUGGAAGCAGCUUACAAGUUUCUGCAGCAAGAGCAGUCUGUAUUUCGGGAGCUCUGGGACUGGAGUGUGUGUGUCCCUCUUCUCAGAAGCCAUGAUACCUUGGUCCGUUGGUACACAGCCAAUUGUCUUGCUUUGAUCACUUGUAUGAAUGAAGAGCACAAGUUAUCAUUCCUUAAGAAGCGUUUUAGUAACGAGGAACUGAUUCAUUUUAGGUUGAGGUUAUUAGAAGAGGCCCAGCUACAGGACUUGGAGAAGGCCUUGGUUUUGGCCAAUCCAGAAGUUUCCCUUUGGCGUAAGGAGAAGGAGCUGCAUUACUUACAAGGGCACCUUGUUUCAGCUGACCUCUCCUCCAGGGUGACUGCUGUCUGUGGUGUGGUGCUGCCUGGGCAGCCACCUGCCUCUGGAGAACAGACUGGUAAUAGCUCCUCUCGUGAGCAGGACCUGGCCUUUCAGUCUUACGUGUUGGUUGAGUCAGUCUGCAAAAAUCUUCAGACCUUGGCUAUGGCAGUAGCUUCUCAGAAUGCUGUGCUAUUGGAAGGACCAAUAGGCUGUGGCAAAACGUCCUUAGUUGAACACUUAGCUACAGUGACAGGUAGAAGAAAGCCCUCUCAACUGCUCAAGGUCCAACUUGGAGAUCAGACCGACAGUAAGAUGUUGUUGGGAAUGUAUCGCUGUACAGAUGUCCCAGGAGAGUUUGUGUGGCAACCUGGCACCUUGACUCAAGCAGCCACAAAAGGCCACUGGAUCCUUCUGGAAGAUAUUGAUUAUGCACCCUUAGAUGUGGUUUCUGUGCUGAUCCCACUCUUGGAGAAUGGUGAGCUCUUGAUUCCUGGCCGAGGUGACUGUCUGAAAGUGGCUCCAGGAUUUCAGUUCUUCGCAACCAGGAGACUCUUAAGCUCUGGAGGAAAUUGGUAUCGACCACUAAAUAGUCAUGCUACUCUGCUAGACAAAUAUUGGACCAAAAUUCAUCUGAAUAACAUGGAUAAGUCAGAGCUGAAGGAGGUUCUUCAGACCAGAUACCCCAGCCUCUUAACAGCAACUGAACACCUUCUUGACAUUUACAUCCAACUUACUGGAGACAAGCAUCACUCUCAGAGUGAUAGUUGUAUUAGAAAUGAACGGGUACCUGAGGAUGUUCUAGAAGCCAGUAGACAAAACAAUAGAUUGAGCCUUGAGGGCAGAGAAUUGUCUCUAAGGGAUCUAUUGAAUUGGUGUAAUAGGAUUGCUCACAGCUUUGAUAGUCUGUCCUCAUCCACAUCAUUGAACAUUUUCCAAGAGGCUUUGGACUGUUUCACAGCAAUGCUUUCUAAGCAUGCACGUAAACUAAAAAUGGCAGAAAUCAUUGGAAGCAAGUUGAACAUUUCCCAGAAAAAGGUUGAGUUCUUCUGUCAACUUUAUAAACCAGAAAUUGUAAUCAAUGAACUAGAUGUGCAAGUGGGUCGAGUACGUCUUCUACGGAAACAAAGUGAGGCUGUUCACAUACAGAGGGAGCAGUUCACUUUUGCUGCUACUAGGCCAUCCUCUGUUCUUAUUGAACAGCUUGCAGUGUGUGUCAGCAAUGGGGAGCCAGUGUUGCUCGUGGGAGAGACUGGGACUGGCAAAACGUCUACUGUGCAGUACUUGGCUCACAUUACAGGUCAUCGUUUGCGAGUUGUUAAUAUGAAUCAACAAAGUGAUACCGCAGACUUGCUUGGAGGUUACAAACCAGUGGACCACAAACUUAUUUGGCGACCCCUCCGAGAGGCAUUUGAAGAACUCUUUGCCCAGACAUUUUCCAAGAAACAAAAUUUUACCUUCUUGGGUCACAUUCAGACCUGUUAUAGGCAGAAACGGUGGCAUGAUCUCCUUAGACUAAUGCAGCAUGUGCACAAGUCGGCUGUUAACAAGGGUGAAAAAGACAAUGAAACUGGUUUACUCCUAAAAGAGAAAUGGGAAGCACUUGGUCUUAGGCUUAGUCAUGCUCAACAACAGAUGAAAAUGACUGAAAAUGCCCUUCUGUUUGCAUUUGUAGAGGGUACAUUAGCUCAGGCUGUAAAGAAAGGAGAAUGGAUCUUGUUGGAUGAGAUUAAUCUGGCUGCUCCAGAGACAUUAGAAUGUCUGAGUGGUUUACUUGAAGGAUCCUCUGGCUCCCUAGUAUUACUGGAUCGAGGAGACACAGAACCACUGGCUCGUCAUCCUGAUUUUCGUUUAUUUGCUUGUAUGAAUCCAGCAACUGAUGUGGGCAAAAAAAAUCUCCCACCAGGAAUAAGAAACAGGUUUACAGAACUUUAUGUAGAAGAAUUGGAAAAUAAAGAAGACUUACAAAUUCUCAUUGAUGAUUAUCUAAGAGGGUUGAGUGUGAACAAGACCACAGUACAAGGAAUCAUAAAUUUUUAUACAGCUGUGCGGAAAGAGUCUGGGACAAAACUGGUGGAUGGGACUGGUCAUAGACCACACUACAGCCUUCGGACGCUCUGCAGGGCCCUACGGUUUGCAGCCUCCAAUCCAUGUUCCAGCAUCCAGCGCUCACUCUAUGAGGGCUUUUGUUUGGGUUUCUUAACACAACUUGACAGAGCAUCACAUCCAACAGUUCAGAAGCUCAUUUGUCAACAUAUUGUCUCUGGCAGUAUUAAAAGUCUGCUAAAGCAGCCUAUUCCAGAACCAAAAGGUGGUCGGCUUAUCCAGGUUGAAGGCUAUUGGAUUUCAGUGGGAGACAAGGAACCUACAAUAGAUGAGACAUACAUUCUUACAUCUUCUGUCAAGCUAAACCUAAGAGACAUAGUCCGUGUGGUCUCUGCAGGAACCUAUCCAGUGCUGAUUCAGGGAGAGACAUCAGUUGGUAAAACAAGCCUAAUACGGUGGCUGGCUGCAGCUACUGGCAACCACUGUGUGCGUAUCAACAAUCAUGAACACACGGAUAUUCAGGAAUACAUUGGUUGCUACACAUCCAACUCCUCAGGGAAGCUUGUUUUUAAAGAAGGUGUUCUUAUUGAUGCUAUGAGAAAGGGCUACUGGAUUAUUUUAGAUGAAUUAAAUCUGGCUCCUACUGAUGUAUUAGAGGCUCUGAACAGGCUGUUAGAUGAUAACCGUGAAUUGCUCAUAACAGAAACUCAAGAGGUUGUUAAAGCACACCCUCGGUUCAUGCUGUUUGCUACCCAAAAUCCUCCUGGACUUUAUGGAGGCAGAAAGGUGCUUUCCAGAGCCUUCAGGAAUCGGUUUGUGGAAUUACACUUUGAUGAAUUGCCUAGCUCUGAGCUGGAAACAAUUUUACACAAACGGUGUAGUUUGCCACCCUCUUAUUGCAGCAAGUUAGUUAAAGUCAUGCUGGAUCUUCAGUCCCAUCGCAGGAGUUCUUCAGUGUUCGCUGGAAAGCAGGGCUUCAUCACCCUUCGUGAUCUGUUUCGAUGGGCUGAAAGGUAUAGAUGGGCUGAGCAGACUGAGAAGGAGUAUGAUUGGCUACAGCAUUUAGCCAAUGAUGGUUUUAUGCUUCUGGCAGGCCGAGUCAGAAAGCAGGAGGAAGUAAAUGUAAUUCAAGAUGUCCUUGAAAAACAUUUCAAGAAAAAAUUGUGCCCUCAAUCCCUGUUCUCUAAAGAAAGUGUCCUAAAAUUGCUGAGUAAAUUGUCUACUCAAAUAUCCACAUUGGAAUCUAAGUUCAGCCAUAUCGUGUGGACAGAGGGCAUGCGGAGACUGGCAGUGCUGGUGGGAAGGGCAUUGGAAUUUGGCGAGCCAGUGCUGCUGGUUGGAGAUACUGGAUCAGUGAAGAUCAAAAUAGAUAUAAAAUUAGAAAGUGUUUAUUCUAUCCUCCAAUUUUCUUUUAGUGUUCUUGAAGUAGAAAAGUCUCUGGUGUUAGCUGAAAAAGGGAGCAUAGAGGACAAGGAUAAUGAAGUAGAGCUGUUGACUGCUGGGAAAAAGUUUCGCAUCUUAGCAACCAUGAAUCCUGGAGGUGAUUUUGGAAAAAAAGAGCUUUCUCCUGCCUUAAGAAACCGAUUUACAGAAAUAUGGUGCCCUCAAAGUACAAACCGUGAAGAUUUAAUUCAGAUCAUCAGCCGUAACCUUUAUUCAGGAUUGUCUCUGGGCAGAACAGAUCGUAAAGGAGCUGACAUAGCUGAAGUGAUGCUGGAUUUCAUUGACUGGCUGACUCAUCAGGAGUUUGGCCGAAGGUGUGUGGUCAGUAUCAGAGAUAUCCUGUCCUGGGUUAACUUCAUGAACACAAUGGGGGCAGAAGCUGCUUUGAAAAGGCCUGAGACCAUUUCCACUGUGACAUCAUUUGUCCAUGCUGCAUGUCUGGUGUAUAUCGAUGGAAUAGGUUCAGGGGUAACUUCAUCUGGAUUUGGUACAGCACUCUUGGCUCGCAAAGAAUGCCUGAAAUUCCUCAUCAAGAAACUGUCUAAGAUAAUCCGACUUACAGAAUGUCAGAAAAAUGAUUUGAAGAUCUACGACAGACUUAAGGCUAAAGAAUUCACUGGGAUAGAUAAUCUUUGGGGGAUUUAUCCAUUUUUUAUACCAAGGGGACCUAUCCUGCACAGGAAUAAUGUUGCUGACUAUGCACUGAGUGCAGGCACCACAGCUAUGAAUGCCCAGAGGCUUUUAAGAGCUACAAAAUUGAAUAAACCCAUUCUUCUAGAGGGCUCCCCUGGUGUGGGCAAAACAAGUUUGGUGGGAGCAUUAGCAAAGGCUUCAGGCAACACUCUUGUUCGAAUCAACUUAUCAGAGCAGACCGAUAUUACAGACCUUUUUGGAGCAGAUCUACCUGUUGAAGGUGGCAAGGGAGGAGAGUUUGCCUGGCGUGAUGGCCCCUUGCUUGCAGCUCUGAAGGCAGGCCAUUGGAUUGUGUUGGAUGAGCUGAACCUGGCUUCUCAGUCUGUAUUAGAAGGACUCAAUGCUUGUUUUGACCACCGAGGAGAAAUCUAUGUUCCUGAGUUAGGAAUGAGCUUUCAGGUACAACAUGAGAAGACAAAGAUUUUUGGAUGUCAGAAUCCUUUCAAACAAGGAGGUGGAAGGAAGGGCUUGCCCAGGUCUUUCCUUAACAGAUUCACUCAGGUCUUUGUGGAUCCCCUUUCAGUAAUUGACAUGGAGUUCAUUGCUGGUACUUUGUUUCCAGCUAUUGACAAAAAUAUUGUUAAGAAAAUGGUUGCUUUCAACAAUCAAAUUGAUCAUGAAGUAACUGUUGAGAAGAAAUGGGGGCAAAAAGGAGGACCCUGGGAAUUCAACCUCCGGGAUCUGUUCCGCUGGUGUCAGCUGAUGUUAGUUGACCAGUCCCCGGGGUGUUAUGAUCCUGGUCAGCAUGUGUUUUUGGUCUAUGGUGAAAGAAUGAGAACCAAGGAAGACAAAGAAAAGGUUGUUGAUGUAUUUAAGGAGGUAUUUGGUUCAAAUUCCAAGCCAUAUAUGGGAACUAGACUAUUCCACAUCACUCCUUAUGAUGUUCAGUUGGGCUAUGCAGUACUUUCCCGUGGCAGCUAUGUACCACCCCCAUCCCGUCGUCCCCUAUUGCUUCUGCACCAGUCCUUGCAAUCUCUGGAGUCAAUUAUGAAGUGUGUGCAGAUGAGCUGGAUGGUCAUCCUUGUGGGCCCAGCUUCUGUGGGCAAGACUAGCUUGGUCCAGCUCCUGGCACACCUUACUGGUCACACAUUAAAGAUCAUGGCUAUGAACAGUGCAAUGGACACUACAGAGCUUCUGGGAGGAUUUGAACAGGUUGAUCUUAUACGGCCUUGGAGGCAACUGCUGGAGAAAGUGGAGGGCACUGUAAGGGCAUUAUUAAGAGAUAGCUUCCUUAUCAGUUCUGAUGAUGCAGAAGUAGUGCUUCGAGCUUGGAGUCAUUUCCUUCUGACAUAUAAGCCCAAGAGUCUUGGAGAAGGUGGUAGAGAUGUCACAAUGGAGAUUGUCAACAAGCUGGAAGCAGUAUUAUUGCUUAUGCAGAGACUCAACAAUAAAAUCAACUCAUACUCUAAGGCAGAGUUUGCCAAACUUGUGGAUGAGUUCCGAAGCUUUGGGGUGAAGCUUAUGCAGUCAGCCAGUGGACAUAGCCAUGGCACAUUUGAAUGGGUUGACAGUAUGUUGGUUCAUGCUCUCAAGUCUGGAGACUGGCUUCUGAUGGACAAUGUUAACUUCUGCAACCCAUCAGUGCUGGACCGUUUGAAUGCUUUGCUUGAACCUGGAGGUGUCCUCACUGUUAGUGAGAGAGGAAUGCUAGAUGGAUCCACUCCCACCAUAACACCAAAUCCUAAUUUCAGACUUUUUCUUUCAAUGGAUCCUGUUCAUGGAGAAAUAUCUCGAGCCAUGAGAAAUCGUGGACUGGAAAUCUACAUUUCAGGAGAAGGGGAUGGGAACAUCCUGGAUGACCUGGAUUUGAAAGUUUUGCUGCACAGCCUUGGGUUGGUGGGGGAUCAUGUGUGUGACACUCUCUUGGCUCUACAUACAGAAAUUCGAAGCACCAUUGUAGGGUCUCCAGUAUCUUCUGUUUCAACUUUAAUUCAAACAGCUGUAUUCAUUGUCCAGUACCUACAGCGGGGGCUGAGUUUAGACAGAGCCUUUUCUGAAGCAUGCUGGGAAGCAUAUGUUGCCUCCCAGCAUUCACCAGCAAACCAGAAGCUUGUGCAGGCUUUACUGGACAAGCAUGUUUCUUCUUUGCAAGCACAUGAAACCUGGGGUAACUCCAUUCUUGCUAUGGGACUGUGGCCAGAUUCUCUACCUUCUGCUCUUUUUGCCACAGAAGAUUCUCACCUUUCUAUAGUCCGCAGUGAUGGACAGAUCUUAGCAUAUUGCCUUAACAGGAUGAGCAUGAGAACAAAUAGCUGGGCCAGGAUUCAACCUCUUAACUUGCCAGAUUUAGAGAAAAUUAUCCAGUCUUCCAACCCUGAGAACUUAAAAUUCAGUUCAGUUGAAGUGGAUGCUUAUUGGAUUGAUGAACCAGAUGUUUUGGCCAUGGCUGUUAAAUUGCUUAUAGAAAGAGCAACCAAUCAAGAUUGGAUGCUCAGAGUUAAAUGGCUUUGUCAUUUAGCAAAGAAUAUACCACAGGGACUUGAGUCCAUACAGAUUCAUUUGGAAGCCAGUGCUGCAGCUCUCAGAAAUUUUUACUCAAAUCCCCUCUCAGCUGGGGUCAGUAAUAUCAUCAAAAUAGUACAACCAAACAUAACAGAUGAAUUUGUGAUCCGUCUGGACCCCCGAUGGAACAUGCAGGCUUUGGACAUCAUUAGAAAUUCAAUGGACUUUGAUCCACAAACAGACCAACCAGAACAGCUCUUUGCUCUUUUAGAGUCUGUGGCAAACAAGACAAUUAUAUAUCUUGACCGGGAAAAACGAAUUUUUACUGAAGCAAAUUUGGUUUCUGUUGGUGGCAAAAAGUUAAGAAAUAGUGUUUUAAGAAUGUCCUUUGAAUUUCAUAAAGAUCCAGAGAGCUACCACAGCCUGCCUCAUGACAUUGUGGUCAACCUUGCUGCCUUUUUUGAAUGUUUUGACGCACUGAUCCUGUAUUGGGUACAGUCUUCUCAGGAGGUGGUGUCUGAUGUCUGCAUCAAUGAGAUCUUAGGUUCUGUGCGAUGGCGGGACCGGUUUUGGACUGUGGCUGACACAGUAAAAGUGGAUGCCCCUGGCCUGGCCCUACUUGCUCUUCACUGGCACUGGGUUUUCAAACAUUUGGUCCAUCAGAUCCCCCAACUCUUAAUGAACCAUGAAGACAAAUACUACAGAGAUGUUCAGACCGUCUCAGAACAUAUUCAGAAUUGCCUGGGGAGUCCGACUGGUGGCUUCACGGGUAUAAAAAAGUUGCAGAAGUUCCUGGGACGACCAUUUCCUUUUAAGGACAAAAUGGUGGUAGAAUGCUUCUCACAAUUAAAAGUCCUUAACAAAGCCCUUGCCAUCAGGGAGCCAUUGCCUGCUCUAGGAGAAAGUGGGUGGCAAGAACAUAUGAGUAGUCUCCAAGUGGUUGCUUCUGAAUGGAUAUUAAAGAAAAAUCUCCUAAAGGCCUGGGCGUGGAUUCUCACAGCUAAUAUCUUUAAAAAUGUCAAUCCAGAUAACUUGAAGAAUCUUGUGAAUGUUCAAUGUUUAGAAUUAAAAGCAAAAGGAAUUUCACUUGGUUUUUUGGAGAAAAGGUCCAGUGAAGCUUCCUGCCUGCCCCAGCCAGACUUUACUUCCUUAAUCCAACUCACCAGGAGAGUUCAGUUGUGGCCUGCAAUGGAGUAUCUAGCUAUGCUUUGGCAGUACAAAGUGACAGUCAAUUUUAUGACACAGGCUUGUCUGAGAAGGUCCAGCAAAAAUCAAGAGCUGCACGUAGAUGAAGAGAUACGUCAUCACAUCACAUUUUGCCUUAAGUACACACCAAUUGCUCCAAAAGAGCUUCAAGGGCUUUGGUUUUUACUGCAUCAUCCAAAGAUAUCUACUGAAGAAAUUGUUUCUUUGUGGCCUGAGUUAUUUAAUUCCACAUUUACGUCUUUCUGGAGCAGUACUGUGACCACACAUCCAGAGUAUUGGCUAAGUUGGAGUCCUCUACCCUGUGUGCAGCAGAGAGAGAUGCCCACAUCCCUUUUGGAUUCUACAUUGAAGGGCCCUGGCAGUUUCAGUAGAGCCAUGUUUUCCAAGUGUUGCUUUGAAGUCUUGACCAGCAGCUGCAGAGCAAGUCCUUGGGAUGUGAGCGGUCUCCCCAUCCUGUCGUCCUCACAUGUCACCCUGGGAGAGUGGGUUGAGAGAGCCCAGCAGCUCCAGGACAUCAGCUCAGUGCUCUGGACUAACAUGACUGUUUCUUCAGUAGCAGAGUUCAGACGCACUGAUUCCCAGCUCCAGGGGCUCUUGCUGUGCCGACACCUGGUGGGCUUAGCAGAGCUGCUUCCUGAGCCCCAGCAGCAGGAGUAUAUGGAGAACUGUGAGCAGCUGCUACUUGGGGACAGUCAUGCCUUCCAGAACGUGGGCCAGACUCUUGGGGAUAUGGCUGGGCAGGAGGCACUUCCCAAAGAACUGUUGUGCCUGUUGCUUACCUCCCUACGCCAUUUAUUUGGGGAAGGAGAGAGUAAACAGGACCUGCCUGAGUCAGCCCGGCGUGGGAGCCUUUGGGUGAGCCUUGGCUUGCUCCAGAUUCAGACAUGGCUUCCCCAGGCACGCUUUGACCCUGCAGUGAAGAGGGAAUAUAAGCUCAAGUACGCCAAGGAAGAGCUACAUCAGCUGCAGUGUGAGUGGAAGACCAGAAACCUCUCAUCCCAGCUACAGACUGGAAGAGACCUGGAAGAUGAAGUUGUUAUCAGUUACUCUCAUCCUCACGUCAGGUUACUUAGCCAGAGAAUUGACCAGCUAGAGAAUUUUAUCAAUAACUUGGAAAAGAAGCAGGCCUUCAGACCCCAGCUUCCUACAUUCGAGUCCCUGGUACAGGAGAUCCACCACUACAUAACCAGCAUUGCCAAUACCCCUGCUGUUCAAGAUCUGCUCACACGGCUCCUGCAGGCCCUCCAUGUCGAUGGGGCUCGGUCCGCCCAGGUGGCCCAGAACCUUCUGAAAGAAGAGGCCUCCUGGCAGCAGUCACACCACCAAUUCAGGAAGCGACUGACAGAGGAGUAUGCCUUGUAUCCAGACUCUGUGGCCCCACUGCAGGCAUCCAUCUUGCAGUUGCAGCAUGGCAUGCGGCUGGUUGCCUGUGAGGUCCAUGCCUCACUGCACAGUAGCAUGGUCUGUGCGCACGGGCUGGGUACUCUGGCCACAUCUUUAUUGGCUUUCCCAUCUGUGGGCCCCAACUUCCCCACGUACUAUGCUCAUGCGGACAUUUUAUGUUCAGUGAAGUCAGAGGAGGUUGUGCGAGGCCUUGGGAAGUUGAUCCUUAAGCGUUCAGGAGGAAAGGAGCUAGAAGGAAAGGGCCAGAGACCCUGCCCUACCAGAGAGCAGCUGCUGAUGAAUGCCCUUCUUUAUCUGCGCUCCCACGUGCUGUGCAAGGGAGAGAUGGACCAGAAGGCCCUGCACCUCUUCAGACAUGUGUGCCAGGAAAUCAUCAAUGAAUGGGAUGAACAGGAACGCAUAGCCCAAGAAAGGGCUGAGCAGGAAAGCAGCCUGUACAGAUACAGAAGCAGAAACUCCAAGACAGCCCUGAGUGAGGAGGAAGAAGAAGAACAAGAAUUCAGAAAGCAGUUCCCAUUGCAUGAAAAGGACUUUGCAGAUAUUUUGAUAGAACCAACACUGGAGGAGAAAAAGGCAACUUCAGAUGGGCAAGAAGAAGAAGCAACCACAGACCCUGCCCUCUUCUCCCAGAGUUCAAUGCAGGCAGUGAUGCUGACUCACCAGCAGUUGUGCCUCAGCUUCGCUAGGUCCCUCUGGUACCAACAGACUCUGCCACCACAUGAGGCAAAGCAUUACCUCAGCUUGUUCCUGUCCUGCUAUCAGACUGGGGCAUCUCUAGUGGCACACUUCUACCCCCUAAUGGGAGUUGAGCUGAAUGGCCAACUUUUGGGCAGCCAAAUUUUGGCCUGUACUCUUUCCCAUAACACUCUCUUUGGGGAGGCGACCUCAGAUCUGACAGUGAAACCUGAUGGGCCCUAUGACUUCUACCAGCACCCCAAUGUCCCAGAAGCACGGUACUGUCAACCAGUCCUUCACAAUUUCGCAGAGGCUGUCAAUCAGCUAUUGCAAGACUGGCCAGAACAUCCAGCACUAGAACAGCUGCUGGUUGUAAUGGACAGAAUACGUAGUUUCCCACUCUCUAGCCCCAUCUCAAAGUUCCUGAAUGGCUUAGAAAUCCUUCUCGCAAAAGCACAGGAUUGGGAGGAGAAUGCAAGCCGAGCUCUGUCUCUUAGGAAACAUCUCGAUUUAGUUACUCAGGUGAUCAUUCGAUGGCGGAAACUGGAAUUAAACUGCUGGUCUAUGAGUUUAGAUAAUACCUUGAAGCGCCACACUGAAAAGUCCACCAAGCACUGGUUCUCCAUCUAUCAGAUGCUUGAGAAGCACAUGCAGGAACAAACAGAGGAGCAGGAAGAUGACAAGCAGAUGACGCUAAUGUUGCUGGUCAGCACAUUACAAGCUUUUAUUGAAGGAUCUUCACUGGGAGAAUUCCAUGUACGACUUCAGAUGUUACUGGUUUUCCAUUGUCAUGUCUUGCUGAUGCCACAAGUUGAAGGAAAAGAUUCACUCUGCAAUGUUUUAUGGAAUUUGUACCAUUAUUACAACCAAUUCCUUGAUCGGAUCCAGGCCAAAAUUAUGGAACUUCGUUCCCCUCUAGAAAAAGAACUUAAGGAAUUUGUUAAGAUAUCUAAGUGGAAUGAUGUCAGCUUCUGGUCCAUUAAACAAUCUGUGGAAAAGACACACAGGACCCUCUUUAAGUUCAUGAAGAAAUUUGAGACUAUCCUGAGUGAACCGUGCCGUUCAUCCCUGAUGGAGAGUGACAAGGAAGAACAACCUGACAUUUUGCUGAAGCAAAUAGAUGCAGCCACAAGUGAGGUGUCCCCCAUUCAAAGUCUGAACAGGGCACUGAAGGAGACGCUCUUAGCUCGGCCAGCAGCUGUGCAGGUCACAGUUCCCGAACACUAUCAAGGUGUAUCUCUCCCCUUGGAGGGGGAGCUUCUGUGCCGUUUACCAAAGCUCUUGAGACGAAUGAGAAAGAUAUGUCUGACACUCAUGAAGGAAAGCCAACUUCCUCACCUUGUAGAGGACCUCGAUGAGUUCACUGGUGAUGUGAUUUCCUCUGUGAAUGAACUGCAGAACUUAAAAGUGGAUCCUUCUGCAGAGAAGGAAAAGCAGAGGUCAGAAGCCAAGCACAUUCUCAUGCAGAAGCAGCGAGCUUUAUCAGAUCUCUUUAAACACCUUGCUAAAACUGGUUUGUCAUAUCGCAAAGGUCUUACCUGGGCCCAUUCAAAAAGCCCUCAGGAGAUGCUUCAUCUUCAUCCAUUAGAUCUCCGGAGUGCAUUGUCUAUAGUCAGUAGCACUCAAGAAUCCGAUUCUAGGCUGCUUGCAGAAAUCUCAUCUUCAUGGGAUGGAUGCCAGAAGUAUUUUUAUCGCUCUCUUGCACGACAUGCCAGACUUAGUGCAGCUUUCACAGCUCCUGCCAAGGACCUGGGCAUAGGCAACAUAGAGCGGUGUAAAGGCUUCUCCGCGCAUUUGAUGAAGCUGCUUAUCCGACAGCGGCGCUACCUGACUACCCUAACUGAGCAGUGGAUCCUUCUCAGGAAUCUCCUCAGCUGUGUGCAGGAAAUUCAGGGCAGGUUGACAGGGCCACUGGUCUAUCCUGUGGCCUUCCCCCCUCAGGAUGGGGUGCAACAGUGGACUGAAAGGCUACAGCACCUGGCCAUGCAGAGCCAGAUCCUGCUUGAACAGCUCUCCUGGCUCCUCCAAUGCUGUCCGAGUGCAGGACCAGCUCCAGGACAGAGAGAUGCCCAAGUACAGGGUCAGCCGUCUCCCCCACCCCUGGAAGGACCAGAGCUCAUGAAGGGACAACUUUCUGGAGCAGUGCUGGACCUCAUCUCAGCAGAUCUGAGCUAUCCAUCCCCAGUACCUGGAAGCCAGCUGCCCUCUGGUUGCCGGAUGCGGAAGCAGGACCAGCUUUGGCAACAGUCAACAGCAAGAUUAAUGCAGAUGAUGAAAAUCAUUAAAACAGUGAAAGCUGAUGUUGAUAAAAUUAGGCAGCAAUCUUGUGAGACUCUCUUUCAUUCUUGGAAGGAUUUUGAAGUUUGCUCGUCUGGACUGAGUUGUCUGUCUGAGGUGUCGGCUCAUUUGCAAGGCCUAGAGUCCUUGUUCAUUAUUCCAGGAAUGGAGGUUGAGCAAACAGGCAUACAGAUGGCACUAGUUGAGAGCCUGGACUAUGUAAGAGGAGAAAUCAAUAAAGCCACAGAUGACUUUAAUAACUGGAAGACACAUCUCCUUGCUUCAGACAGCACAGGAGGAAACCAAAUGUUGGAUGAUGGGUUUGUGGAAGAAUUUUCACAACGAAUGGAAACUGCCAUCCGAGCCAUUCUUUGUGCCAUCCAGAACCUCGCUGAACGACGCAGUAAAAAAACAGAGGAGGAAACUGAUCAUACAAGACCACAAGAAGAUGAUGCAGGCUUUGUGAGACUGCAGUCAGGACAUCUAACAAAAUUCUUAGAGGAUGACUUCUGGGCUGAUGUGAGCACCUUACAUGUACAAAAAAUAAUAUCUGCUGUCUCUGAGCUGUUGGAAAGGUUGAAGUCGUAUGCUGAGGAUGGUACAGCAGCAAAACACACGUUCUUCAACCAGUCCUGCGACUUGUUGACACGCCUGGUACCCAUGCUUUCCAGGUACUCAGACCUCAUCCUCUUCUUCCUGACUGUAUCAUUGGCAACUCACCGCAGUACUGCAAAGCUGCUCUCUGUGCUUGCCCACAUCUUUACAGAGCUCGCCCAGAAGGGAUUUUGCCUGCCCAAAGAAUUUAUGGAAGAUUCAGCAGAAGGAGCAACUGAAUUCCAUGAUUAUGAGGGCGGAGGACUUGGAGAUGGUGAGGGCAUGAAAGAUGUGAGUGACCGAAUAGAGAAUGAGGAACAGGUAGAAGAUACAUUUCAGAAGGGUCAAGAAAGGGAUAAAGAGGAUCCUGACUCAAAAUCAGAUAUUAAGGGCGAAGAUAAUGCCAUUGAAAUGUCAGAAGACUUUGAAGGGAAAAUGCAUGAUGGGGAACUUGAAGAAAAAGAAGAGGAUGAUGAGAAAUCAGAGAGUGAUGGCUGCGACCUGGAUAAACAGAUGGGUGAUCUGAAUGGUGAGGAAGCAGAAAAACUAGAUGAGAGACUUUGGGGUGAUGAUAAUGAUGAAGAUGAGGAGGAAGAUGACAAUAAAAUUGAAGAAACAGGACCAGGAGUGGAUGAGGAAGAUUGUGGACUUGCUGCUAAAGAUGACAACUUGGAUGCUGGAAAGUCAAACAGAGAUAAAAACCAGCAAAAUAAAGAGGAAGAAAAGGAAGAAGCUGAUGAUGAUGAUGGGCAAGGCCAAGACAAAAUUAAUGAACAAAUAGAUGAGAGAGAGUAUGAUGAGAAUGAGGUGGAUCCUUAUCAUGGAAAUCAGGAAACACUGCCAGAACCUGAAGCUUUGGACCUUCCAGAUGACUUGAACCUAGACAGUGAAGACAAGAAUGGUAGUGAGGACACAGACCAUGAAGAAGAAGAAGAGAAUCCACUGGAAAUUAAAGAAAAGACCAUGGACCUUGAGGAAACAGGUCAUGAAAUGGAAGAAACAAAUGAGAAGACUGAGGCAGGCCAGAAUGAAGGUCAGGAUCAACAUGAGUCUAAGGAGGGCCCCAGUGAAGAUGACAAGAUGGGUGGGGAGGAAGAGAUGGACACAGGAGAUGAUGACCAAGACAAAGAUAUUGCUGACUGUGCUGAAGAAAGCUCAGAGGAUGAACAGCAGUCCCAGGAGGAGCAGCAGUCCCAGGAGGAAAAGGACCAGGAAGCCAGAGAGGAGAAUACAGAGAGUGGCAUCCCCGUUGACCAAGGUCUUCAGCCCCAGACACAGAAUGAAGAAGGGGAGAGCUCUGAGACAGAGGACCAUGUGCCAGAGGCCACAGAGAGAAAAGAGCACGAGUCCUGUGGGCAGACUGGGGUAGAGAGCAUGCAGAGUGAGCAGGCUGUCGAGCUGGCUGGGGCUGCACCCGAGAAGGAGCAGGGGAAGGAGGAACAUGGGAGUGGGAUGGCAGAUGCAAACCAGACAGAAGGUCAUGAAUCCAAUUUCAUCGCUCGGUUGACCUCUGAGAAACACACCAGGAAAAACACCCAGAGUUUUAAGAGGAAACCCGGGCAAGCUGACAAUGAACGCUCCAUGGGUGAUCACAAUGAGCGGAUACAUAAGCGGCUGAGGACUGUGGAUACCGACAGUCACACUGAACAGGGGCCAGCCCAGCCCCAGGCCCAUGUGGAGGAUGCAGAUGCAUUUGAACAUAUUAAGCAAGGCAGCGACCCUUACGAUGCACAGACCUAUGAUGUGGCUAGUAAGGAGCAACAACAGCCUUCAAAAGACUUGCUCAUGGGUCAGGAAGAAGAGGAGAGAGAGGAUAUUUUUAUGGAUACAGAGGAGCAGGAGGAGUUAAGGACCGUAGACACGGAGCAGCUGAAGCCUGAAGAGGUUAAGUCGGGAACCACCACAAGCUCUGGCCUUGAUGAGAUGGAGACCCACACUGUUAAAACAGAGGAAGAUCAAGACCUUCAUGCAGACAAAUCACACAAGGAGACAGAUAGUGAGAAGCCAGAGAGAAGCCAAGAAUCAACCAUUCAUACAGCUCAUCAGCUCCUCAUGGACACACUUUUCCAGCCAUUUUUAAAAGAUGUCAAUGAGUUAAGACAGGAGCUGGAGAGACAGCUGGAGACAUGGCAGUCACACAAAUCUGGAAGCUCAGAAGAAGAGAAGGCUGCAGCUGAGAUGUGGCAAAGUUACCUGGUCAUCACCGCACCUCUGUCACAACAGUUGUGUGAACAGCUUCGUCUCAUUUUAGAGCCAACCCAGGCAGCCAAACUAAAAGGAGACUAUAGAACUGGAAAACGACUGAACAUGCGGAAGGUCAUUCCAUACAUUGCUAGUCAAUUUCGGAAAGACAAGAUUUGGCUUCGAAGGACUAAGCCCAGUAAACGCCAGUAUCAGAUUUGUUUGGCUAUUGAUGACUCUUCUAGCAUGGUGGACAACCACACCAAACAGCUGGCAUUUGAAUCAUUAGCUGUGAUUGGAAAUGCUCUGACCCUUCUGGAAGUGGGCCAGAUUGCAGUGUGCAGUUUUGGAGAGUCUGUAAAGCUGUUGCACCCAUUUCAUGAACCGUUCAGUGAUUUCUCUGGGGCUCAGAUUCUACGGCUCUGCAAAUUCCAACAGAAGAAAACUAAGAUUGCUCAGUUUCUAGAGUCCGUAGCCAACAUGUUUGUAGCCGCUCGGCAGCUCUCACAAAACGCUGGUCCAGAAAUUGCACAGCUCCUCCUGGUGGUCUCUGAUGGACGCGGCCUUUUUCUGGAAGGCAAAGACAGAGUCUUGGCAGCAGUGCAGGCUGCCCGGAAUGCUAGUAUCUUCGUCAUUUUUGUUGUGUUGGACAAUCCCACUUCUAGGGAUUCAAUCUUGGAUAUUAAAGUACCAAUAUUUAAAGGACCUGGUGAGAUGCCUGAAAUCCGCUCCUACAUGGAGGAGUUCCCAUUCCCAUUCUACAUAAUUCUUCGUGAUGUGAAUGCACUUCCUGAGACACUCAGCGAUGCUCUAAGGCAGUGGUUUGAGUUAGUGACAGCCUCUGAUCAUCCAUAAGCCAGAAAGAACACAAAGUGAAACUUUAAACCAGUAUCAAAAUGUCACACUUCUUACCCAGGUGCUCUUUUUGAGACAGCUA